AUGAUCAAGAUGACGAUCUUGCCCCUUUCGGUCGUACUUCUCGCUGCGUCAGGUUAUUUACAUGCAGCCCAACCACCGAAACAGGAAGCAGAAAGAUGCAGUCGGGGUCUUGGAGAUUUUAUAACGACGGUAUGCUCCAGCUCUGGCGCCACGCUUCAUAGUUUUUCUAAAUGCUCAUACACAUGUACGAAGAAUAACGAUAAUGGUCAACCUACCUGGACUAAGCAUUUUUUGCCGAACGGCUUGCCUUGUGGAGAAUGUCAGGAAUGCUGCUACGAAAAUUGCCAGUUUGUCAAGUUCAACUUUAGAAACCCGUUUACUCUGAAGAAGCCAUGCAUUGAAUAA